AUGGAUGAAGUAUACCAGAUCUCUUCUACUCAGAAGGUCCAGCAGCUGGAACAAGAGCUAGCAGCACAGCUGGCAGAGCUGAAGGCAGAAAUAGAAGACAACAGGAUACUCCAGGGAAUACCAAGUAGGGCAUACAGUUCUGUUGCAAUUCCAAAGGAUGCAUCUUAUUUCAGAAAAGAAAGGGAGGUAAUACUGAAGAAAGGCUUACAAGUGACAGAAGCAAAACCUCUUGUCAUUCAGGCUGAUGUCAUGCAGAGGGAGUUAGAGAGCUGCUGGAGAAGCGAGUAUACAGCGGCAAACUUGCCACUGCUGCUGCACCAGGCCUAUGGAGGUCCCAUGGUGGGAGACAGCGCAGCACUGCCCCAGGAAUACAGCGCUGCUAGUGUUAAGGAGCAGGGAGAGGAAGAAUCCUGCCACAAGGACACUGGAUUCACUUUGCCCCAGCACAGCACUGAAACUGAGGAGCUGAAACCUCAGCUCCAGCUUCUGCUUUCUCACUUUGGUAUUGAGUACAACCUUAAGGAUCUCAAGAACUCAGCUGAUGAGAUGGAGCUCUUUUCCCUGGUUGUCCAAAAAUUUAGAAGCGUCUUCUGCAAACAGCAGAUGAUGAGAACAUUUCCAGUUUAUGACACAGAGGUUUCUAGGUCAGAAAACUGGGGCAUGUUAGAUCCAGCCAGGGCUUUGAAAAAGAGAGCCAACUGGAUCCCUUUUUUAAAGAUUAAGCCUAAAGUAGAUCCCUGGCAGCAAAAGCUUCUGAUAAAACUGAAACAAUGGAAAAAAGUGGAUAAACUAAUGGACCUUCAUUCAAAAUUUGUAGAGGUCUCAGACAUAGAGAGGGUGAUGGAGGGUCUCCAGGAACACGUGGCAGUGGUGUUUGAACCACGUCCUGCACGGUCAAGUUCUGCCACUUCUGCUUAUGCCUCAGGACAGCAGAGCUACGAUCAUGUCUGGAAGGAGAUCUAUGCCUGCACUGAGCUCCACCAGCGAGUGUGCCUGGGGAUCCUUAACUACUUCAGGUCUGUGGAGAGAAGCUUGACAAUCAGUACUGCUGGCCUCUCCUUCAAGGCUGGUCACCUAAUUCCCAGUGCAGAAGACACCUCCUGGGUCAGUGCUGCCAAAGGAGGCACUGGUGGGUUUGGUGGCCUGAGGUCACAGCCGUAUAUCCACUACACACCAGCUGACUACAAGGUCCACAGCGCUCAGUUCAUGGAGUUUGCAGAGGUGGAAAACCAUGACGACUUUCACACUAGUGGAGAUGGAUACAUUCACACACAAGACCAGCGAGGGGCUUACAUAAUAUAUGAUGUGGCUUUAGAGGAUCUGAAGGAGCUUGAGAACCAGCUGCUGCUUGUGGCCAGCCAGUACAUUGAGAAAGAUGAAAGUAAGCUAUCUACAGGUCCAAAACACCUCAACAUUCUUGGCUGGGCACACGCCUCCGUGGAUCGAUGUGCUGUGUUGCUUGACCUCUGGACCUGUGAAACUGCUUUCUUGGAAAAAAAGUGCCAGCUUCUAGAUGUUUACUUUGAAGCUUACCAACAUGCUUUGGAUCCAGAGGAAAGAUUUGCUUUGGCCCAAGCAAUAAUUGACAUCAUGCAUAAACGUCCACGGUUUGAUCUCAAGAUUGAGUAUUUUGUCAACACCUACAAAGAUGAAUGCAUCUGUUUGCAACUUCAUCUCCAACUGCUGAGGGACAUAGUAAACCAACAAAUAGAUGCCCAGAGGGAAUAUGUCCACAAGAUUUGGCGGGAAGGUCAGAGAGGUGGCAUCAACGAAUUUGGACUUCCUUGUAAUGUGAUUACUAAGCAGCUUAUCUCUCUUAACACUAGCUGUCCUACUUUGAAGAACAUUUAUUUGCUGGAGUUUCACCCUUCUCUUGGUCUGGUGUACUUGAUCCCCAAAGCUCUUGAAUAUAUCUACCAGGAAUUCUACAGCAUCUGCAGACCAAAAACAGCCAGUAAAGCAAGUAAUCUAGAAAAACAAGUACUUCAGCUAGUAGUUGAUGAGUGGCUAACAAUGGAAAAGCCAGAAACUCUUUACAGCUCUCAGAUUCAAAAAGAUUUAUUUGCUGAGGUACUGAUAGAAGACCCUGUGAUGGUGCAAGAGAUUGCUUUGUCGCUAUUAGAAGUGGGAGUAGACGAAGAAAAAAAAACAGGCAGAGAAAAACAGCUCUUUAUCCUGGAUUCCUUCUCCGUGCUCAUGGAGCUUGUCACGCUCCGCCAUCGGCUGAUAGAGGUGGCAACAGAGAGUGCGCAGUUAGCCAGGUUUUAUAAGGCUUUUGCAAUGGAAGCAGGUUUUGGGGAGUUCCAUUUGUACCUGAGGCCUGUGCACUUCGAAUCUGCAUCUCACAGGGAGAAAGCAGACCACCUCCCACCAGUAUUCAUUACAUCUCUCCUGGAAGAUGACAGCUGUGUUGACAGAUAUAUUCCAUCUAGCUUACCAUUAAGCAUUCAAGAAAUCGACAGUCAUAUAGGAAAGUUUAGUUUCCGUACAAGAGAUGGUGUUAUGCAGCUCUUGCGUCCAUCUGGAAUAAGGAAGAUGCAACUUAUCCUGGCCUGUCAGGUCAUUCAGAAAAAUGUUCUUUUGGCAGCUGUUCAGCAAGCCUCUUUUUGUUACUUGGCCCAGCCUCCCCAUACCCUGGACAUAAAG